CUCCCGCGGGUGGAGGACGGGCAGCAAAGAGACUCAUGGCCCUGUCCCAGUGGCGCUCUGCUCGGUCACCCACCCGUGGUCCAUGCUGAAGCCCCGCGCCCGCUGGCUCGCGCCAUCCAGGCCGCCCUAGAAACGCACCAAGUCAACGCACUGAAUCAAGGCCGAGGCUAGCGCCUUCUCUUGGAGCUCAUAGAUCCGGGCCUGAAGCACUCUGUGGCUCAACAAUUCAUCCAUUAACCACUCCAGAAUCGGGCCGGGGGCCACUGACCAGAGGGGCAGGAAGUUCGGGGCCUCAGCGCUGACAGUCGGGCCCUAGACUCCAAGGGAAAGCAUUUUUAAUACAAAGUAAUUUCAAGAGUGGCAGGGUUAAUAAUCGGAGAUAAAAGCAAAGAAGAGCGUUUAAGAGUUCGAACAGGAGCUGUGCUUCAAAGGAGGCAAGCAAAGAAGUCUACAGGACUGAGGAGCAAGAAAAAGCCUUUGACAGUCUUUGCCCAAAGGUCAUUUGGAAUUUACAGGAACCAAAAGCCUAAAAGUUCAGGGGGAGGUGAAGACAAGGUCUUGCUCUUCUUGCUCCUGAAGCAUGAAGGUUCAGCUCCAUGGAGAAAUCAUGGCAAAUACUGAUGUCACAACAAGCCUCUGAUCCCUAGCAGAUAUGAUGAAAAUUAUGGAAUCUAAGAGACCUGUUUCACUGGGUGGAGAUACACGGGGAUCCAGUAAAGAUGUCCUACCAAAAUCAGCAACAGUGCAAACAGCCUUGCCAGCUAUCUUCCUCUUGGUCACAGCCUUACCAGCCUAAGUGCCCAGAGCCAUGUGCUCCCAAAUUCUCAGAGCCAUGCCUUCUGAGGUACCCUGAGCAAUGCCCUCCUAGAUGCCCAGAGCCAUGCCCUCCUAAUUGCCUAGAGUCAUAUUCUCCUAAGUGCCCAGAGCCAUGUCCUCCUAGCUAUCUAGAGGUAUGCCCUCCUAGAUGCCCUGAGCCAUGCCCUCCUAGAUGCCCUGAACCAUGCCCUCCUAGGUACCCUGAACAAUGCCCUCCUAGGUGCCCUGAGCCAUGCCUUCCUAGGUGCCCUGAGCCAUGUCCUCCUAGGUGCCCUGAGCCAUGCCCUCCUAGGUGCCCUGAGCCAUGCCCUCCUAGGUGCCCUGAGCCAUGCCCUCCUAGGUGCCCUGAGCCAUGCCCUCCUAGGUGCCCUGAGCCAUGCCCUCCUAGGUGCUCUGAACCAUGCCCUCCUCAGUCCUUAGAGCCAUGUCCCCCUAGGUGCCCUGAGCUAUGUCCUCCUAGGUGCCCAGAACCAUACCCUCCUAGGUGCCUAGAACCAUCCCCUCCUAGGUGCCCAGAACCCUGCCCUCCUCAGUGCCUGGAGCUAUGCCCUCCUCGGUGCCCUGAACCAUAUCCUCCUAGGUACCUACAGCCAAGCCCUCCUAGGUGCCUAGAACAGUGUCCUCCUAGAUGCCCUGAGCCAUGUCCUCCUAGGUAUACUGAGGCAUGCCCUCCUCGGUGUUCUGAACCACACCCUCCUAGGUGUCUCGAGCCCUACCCUCCUAGGUGCCCUGAGCCAUGCCCUCUUAGGUGCCUUGAAUUAUGCCCUCCUAGGUGCCCAGAGCCAUGCCCUCCUAGGUACCCUGAAUCAUAUACUCCUAGGUACCCAGAGUCAUGCUCUCCUGUGUGCCUUGAACAAUGCCCUCCUAGGAGCCUAGAACCAUGCCCUCCUAGGUGUCUAGAACCAUGCCCUCCUAGGUGCUCAGAGCAAUAUCCUCCUCGGUGCUCAGAGCCAUGCCCUCCUAGGUGCUCAGAGCCAUGCCCUCCUAGGUGCUCAGAGACAUGUCCUCCUCGGUGCUCAGAGCCAUGUCCUCCUCGGUGCUCAGAGCCAUACCCUCCUAGGUGCCUAGAACCAUGCCCUCCUUGGUGCCCUGAAACAUACACUUCUAGAUGCUCAGAGCCAUGCCCUCCUAGGUGCCUUGAACCAUGCCCUCCUAGGUGCCUAGAGCCAUGCCCUCCUAGGUACACUGAACCAUACCCUCCUAGGUACCCUGAGCCAUGCCCACCACAGCAUUGCCAGCAGAAAUAUCCCCUAUGCCCUUCACUCUGCCAGCAACAAUGUUCACUCAAAAGGAAGUAGCAGUGCAAGAUGCUAGCAGAACCAUGAAACUAGGAAUUCGCGCAUCCCUGUGGAGAUUAGGGCUCCCUCACUCUCUCUUUCUGCUCCUCCAUAUGUCUCUACCCUUCAUCUGCCCUGGAUGGAAUGAAAUCCCUGAGAGAAACAUCUUUGUUCCUGGAGUUGCAGUACUUUCAGAAAGAAGAUCUCUAACUAAUUCUCAUCUCCCAUCUGUGUUUCCAUACCUCCUGGAUGAAAGACAGCAAGCAGUGAAAGCACUAACCUACUCCUUGCCAGGCUUCCUGGAACCUCAAUGGAAGAACGCACCUGAGAGACCAGACUCCCUGGUUCCCUGUUCACUAUGUGAAUUUUCCUCUGUGCUAUUGAGUGGUGACUUCCAUCCCCCUGGGAUAUCGUUCCACUACUUUCCACCACUCCGAAUAAAGCCUCUGUUUCAUGGUGA